AGUUCUUCAAAUUUUUUAUUUCUCUCUUUUUGUUUUCAAAUAUUUUCUUGGUGUAAAUCAUUUAAUUACUUAAUUUUAUUGAUUUAAAUUAUCAAUUAAAUUGACGACAACUUAUUUUAUUGAAACAAUGGCCACCACAUAUGUGAAAGAUGAUGCAGGUAACUCUUUCAUUGCAGCUUCUCAAAGACCCGACGGAUCAUGGCGAAAACCUAGAAGAGUCAAGGAUGGUUUUGUUCCCCAAGAAGAGGUUCCCCUUUAUGAAUCGAAGGGAAAAAAAUUUGCAAAAGAUCGAGAAACUGUUCUACCUCCUGGCUUAGAUCCUGAGCUUUGGGAAAAAAUGAAGGCCAGUCAAGAAAAGAUGGCAAAGAAGAAAACUCAAGACUUAAAUAAACCUACGAAAAGCAACAAUGUUACCAACAACAACAACAAUAAUAAUAAUAAUAAGGGAAACAAUAAUAACAAAAAUAAAGGAAACGAUGGAAAUAAAAAUAAUGGUAAACCAAACAAGGGUGGUAAAAACACUGGUACAACUGUCGCUGGUAAAUCAUCUAAUAAUCAUGCCGUUGAUCAAACAAUCGAUUCAAAUAUACCUUUAUCUAUACACACAACGCCUAUGUUAAUCCCUGGAAUUAGUGGAGAAGAUGAAGAAUGGGUAACAGUUACAUCAAAGAAUAAAAAGAAAAAGGCAAAAAGUGCGGAAGAAGCUGCCAAAGCUCUUGCUGGUGGAAAAGAUUCGACCGCUGCUCCGGUCAAUGUUAUUAAGAUACAAAAUUCAGUUCGAAUUGUAGAAACCGAUAAAGGAAUUAAGGUUACCAAUGAAGCUGGUCAACCCUUGACGACGGAUCCAGCGAAGAAGCUGAGAAAUUUGAAGAAAAAACUUAAAGACAUCGAGAAACUGAAAGGAAUGGACCCACAAAAAUUGGAAAAAGAACAAAAAGACAAAAUCAAGACUGAAGCCGAAGUUAAAGCAAUGAUUCGUCAAUUGGAGAUUAACCUCAAUAUUUGAGAAUAUUUUGAGAGAAAACUGAUUAGUCCAAUUCCUGAUGAAGUUAAGCAACUCAAUUUUUCGCCUCUAAAUCAACCAACAAUAACUUAAUUGACCUUACCAACAAUCUAACAUUACCCUCCAAUGGAAAACCCAAAUUUGGAUGACUUUUUUUUCUUUCCACUUUGUCUCUCUCUCUCUCUCUCUCUCUCUCUCUCUCUCUCUCUCUCUCUCUCUCUCUCUCUCUCUCUCUCUCUCUCUGUCCUCAUUUUUUGUCGAUUCAUAAAAAAAUACCAAGUGGACUUUAAUUAGUCUACAAUUAGCCUGUUUCUAGCAAUAAUAACUUUUUUUCUUUAACUCUUUUUCCCUAUCCUUGUAAAACGAUGCAAGAUUCUGGUUUACCAACAUUUAGAAGAUCUUGAUUGUCUUAAAUUGUAAUACUGAUUCUAACAAGGUUUAUUCAAUCAUGAAAAAUGAUGGGACCUUUUUUAUAAAUCAACUCUACUCUUGCAAACAAUUAAUCCCUUUCCCAUAAUCUUCCCUUUCUCCAUCUCUCUCUCUCUCUUCUCAAAUAUACAACUUUUGUGUAUAUAAAUUAAUUGAUUCUUGAAUUAGUUGUUUAAAUUGGAUCAAUCAACCCAUUCAUCUCUAUGAAAACCUUUCUCUGCCUUCUAUCAAUAAUUAAAUUAAAUUUGUAAUAAUCACAAUCUAAACAAUUGAGGUGAUAUCAAAAUCUCGACUCUUAGACUAACCAAUUAAGCUCAAUGUUACCCAGGCUUCCAGGCAACUAAUCAAUAUUAUUCAUCAUCAUACCAACAAUUAACAAUUAAUCUUGUGUAUCAUUAAGAUGUGACAAACAAUUAAUGGAAUUUUUUUGAUUAAAAUGAAAGGAGAAAUCAAAUGAAAGGGAAACUAAU